AUGACACCUAAUGCAAAUUCCCUACCUCUUGCGAUCGACACCCCAACUUCCCCUACAACUCUAGACACCAACCAACCAUCUCUCAAAAGAAAACUGUCAAUAGAUCACUCUCAACGACCAAAUCCAACCCAAACCAAUCGCGUUGUUCUAGCAACAGAUCACGAAUGCCGCCCUGUUCGUCUAGAACCCCCAGAACGACAAACAGUUCAAUCAACACAGCCAAGAUGGCACAGCCAAUCAUACAUGGUCUUUCUUGCCCUUCGUCAACACCCUGAACGUUCAUUACCACGCACAGAUCUAAUCAGGGCAGCGCUUGCCUUGGACAAAAAAAUUAGUGAAGAGCGUCAAUUACCACGGGUUUUUCGGGGCAAGACACCUAUGAAUUCGGCAUCUGCAAUCUUGACAUACAACAGUGAUCGUUACUUCGUUCCAUUCAAACCAGAAGGCAGUCGAUCUACCCAUUUCAGGCUCGCUUACGAACCUGGCAAUUUUUCAAAAGCAGUACAGGAGUAUCGCAAAUGGGAAAAGAAAUUAGCAGAGCAUGACUGGCCUUAUUGCUUUGGUGAAGUUAAACCAUCUGUUCUGGCUGCCAAAAGAGAACAACAACAACAACAACAACAACAACAAGACCAAAAAGAAACCACCCCUCCAUUAUUACCCUCCAACUCUUCUAUUUCGUCCUCCUCAUCUCUAUCCUCAUCUUCAUUAAAUCCAACUGAAUUUGAUACUUUUAUAGCCGAUCGUACAGCCCUGUCUCUUUCUCCACCCCAAAGUCCUGAUCUGAUCAAACCAGACCUCAAACCAGACCUCAAACCAGACCUCAAACCAGACCUCAAACCAGACCUCAAACCAGAACCUAAACCAGACCUCAAACCAGAACCUAAACCAGAACCUAAACCAGAACAUAAACCAGACCUCAAAUCAGAACAUAAACCAGAUCAAGCAUCUAACCCUAGUUCUGAUAUUAAUAUUCCUGCCACCCAAGUGUCUGACAGCUGGAGCCUCGACGAGCUGGAUCUCACAAAUGUACCAGCCUCUUGGCACGAUAUUCUGAAGGUGGAUGACUCCAAAAUCCCUGGUGCAGGCAAAGGUCUCUUUGCCACACGUCGAUUACCAAACAACACACCGAUUGGAUUCUAUUUUGGAGUCCCAAUGACAGAAGAUGAAUUUGAUUCACUCAAGGACAACGUAGGCCGUGCUUCAGAAUACUCGAUCAUGUAUCGCAAGACAGUUUUGGAUGCAACUGAUGAAAAUGGACUUCCUUAUAAUGAUCCAGAGGGUCCAAUGUAUUGCCCAUUUCAUUACAUGAAUGAAACCAAUGAAGCACAAGCCAACAUAAGCUUCCUUGAAGGUGCAGUGGUUAACCAGGUUAUCUGUUGGACAAAACGAGUUAUUGAACAAGGCGAAGAAUUGUUUGUCUGGUACGGACGAGAUGUUAAUAGACACUGGACUGAAACUAAAGGGUUUAGAGUCGAAUGAAUCCUAAGAUGAGUCUGCUUUUUUUUAUGUGUUGUAUUUAUUUAUUUAUUUAUUUUAUUAUUUUUCAAUAAAUACAAAAAAAA